UCCAGUAGGAGACAGAAGUUCAAACUGUCCAGACAUUAGUCUACAUUUUCCAAAGCCUAUCUUUUUUGGAGCCGUUGUCACGCUAAUUGUUUCUGUUGAAAUGGAUUUUAGAUUGCUACUUCUCUGUUGUCUUUAUAUCGCUGUUGUGGCAGCAGCUUUUCCAUCAGAAACGAGGAAUAUAGAGAAACGUGAUGUCAUGGAAUCCAUGAAGAAUGCUUGGAACGAAGUCGUGAAGACCCUAAGCGAUGCUGGCGAUGCGGUCGUUCACGUAUUCAAGCCAACAGAAAAGAGUGUCAUCGAUAAAAUGGCAGAUAGUGUUAAGAGCUUGACGCAAUAACCGGUUUCAUUGAUAUCAACACCUAAUAAUUACAACAGCAAUAUCGUUGUGGAUGAAUUGUGUCGUUGGGAUCACCAAAUUUUAUUAAUUAAUCGAAACAAACAUAUUUUAGAUCAAAAUACAUGGUAAUAAUUGUUUCCGUACACAUUCUUCCCCCGCGAUGAUAUUUUAAGGCUGUUGUCUCAUGUGACAGUUUGAAUGUGUUUAAUAUUAUUAUUAUAUUUAUCGUAUUUUAUUGUCUUUUAGUUUAAUGUUUUACUGAAUUUACCUACGUUUAAUAUUCAAGAAUGUUUAAUGGUAGUCAUUCUUUCAAUCUCGAUAUCUUUGUAUUAGGUAUAAACAUGUAUAAACCACACAUUUUUCCUUGUCUGUAGCAAUAGUUUGAAUUUAAUGAAUGAAUCAUAUAUUUUUUUAAAUUGCUCAAU